AUGUCAUACGAUUUACAUGCAGCAGAAAUACCAGCGUAUACGCCUUUCUUUGGAUAUAUGGGAGCUGCGUGUGCACAGGUUUUCACCGUUCUGGGUGCUGCAUAUGGAACAGCGAAGUCGGCCGUCGGCAUUUGUUCAAUGGGAGUAAUGCGUCCCGAACUGAUAAUGAAAUCUGUAAUUCCAGUCAUUAUGGCUGGUAUCAUCGGAAUUUAUGGCCUCGUUGUUGCAAUUGGUAUUGAAAGGAAAGUUGGUGCGGCCAGCUCGGGAUAUACUCUUGGUCACGCAUUUGCACAUUUCGCUUCUGGCCUCACUUGUGGUUUGUGUGGUUUGGGAGCAGGAUACGCUAUUGGGAUUGUUGGAGAUGCCGGAGUACGAGGAACCGCUCAACAGCCUCGUCUGUUCGUCGGAAUGAUUCUCAUUCUUAUUUUCUCUGAGGUGCUUGGUCUUUACGGUAUGAUUGUGGCUCUCAUCAUCGGAGCCGCAUGA